GCCUUCAAACCACGUGGAAAGUGAAAAGUCAGAGCCAUGGAAGAAUUUGUUACUAAUUUUGAAGCGAGCCUCUCCAAUCCUCUCUCCUACUUGCAACCCUCGGAGCAGCUGAGGUCCUCUUGUGUGGAUGGAGCCAAGAAGCUAUUUGAUUUCUACAAGAGUUGGUCUGCAUGCUUCAAGACAAACGUUCCAACAGGUCCCCUGUCAGAGCUCUACACUGAUGGAUUCGACAAUGAGCAAGUUUGGGCUGAGAUAGAGCUAAUGAAUGAGCCAGUCCUCAAGAGCCUCAAGAAGCACAUCAAGAAGGCAUCCACCUGGACAACCCAGCCACCAUUGAAAACAGUCGCUACUAUUAAGAAACGUCGCAAGAUAAAGGCAACAGAAGUGGAAGUAGACACGAAUGGUGAUGUUGAUGAAAUAGAGGAAGAGCUGGACUCUGGUGAUGACAGUGUACGAGUUAAGAAGAGUACAGAAAAGAGAUCGAUUGUGGAUGACAGGUUCUUUAAGCUCGCUGAAAUGGAGAAGUUUCUGGAGCGCUCUGAACAACAGGAGAAUGAUGCUGUCAAUGAGUCUGGAUCAGGAUCAGAUGAUGAAGACGAUGUUGAUUUUUUCGCUGACCAAGACUCAGACAAUGCCUCAGGGGAACGCCCUCACUAUGACCAGUUCUUUGAUGCCCCAGAGCCUGGCGCUACUAAACCACCGCAAGGUAGCAAAGAACAAGAAGAUGUAGAAGACGAAAUUGGUGAUGAUGAGGCUAGUGAUGCUGGUGAAGGUGAGGAGGGGGGUUUUCCUAACGACGAACCAGAUGUCGAGGAUGAAAUUCCUGCUGUGGACAACACUGAAAUUAAAGAUGAGCCAUUGUCCACUUUUGAAAAGAAACAACUCAAGAUGAAAACAAGGAUAGAGGCGCUGGAGGCGGUGAACCUUGCACCCCGGGCCUGGCAGUUAGGGGGAGAGGCCAACGCUAAGAACAGACCUCUCAACAGCUUGUUAGCUGAGGACCUCUCAUUUGAUCACAUGACCCGGCCUGCCCCUGUCAUCACUGAGGAGACCACUGCAACUCUGGAGGACAUCAUCAAACAACGUAUACUUGACGAGGCUUGGGAUGAUGUCGGGCGUAAAAUAAAGCCCACUGAGAAGCCGUAUGAUUACUCAAGGUCGCAACCUUUGGACCAAGGGAAGAGCAAGCUCAGUUUAGCCGAGGUGUACGAACAAGAGUACCUGAAGCAGACUCAGGAGGAGGAUAUAAAGGAGGACGAUAGGCACACAGAUAUCAAAGAGUUAAUGAAGAAACUUUUUGUCAAACUAGAUGCUCUCUCUAACUUCCACUUCACCCCAAAACCACCCAAGGCUGAAGUUAAGAUAGUCCCCAACGUGCCAGCUAUUCAGAUGGAGGAAGUGGCACCCACUGCUGUCAGUGAGGCUGCUCGUGUAGCACCAGAGGAGAUACAGGCCAAGUCUCAACGUCCUCAAGUGGGAGAGACAGAGAGAACUGACACGGAUAGAAAACACGAUCGUCGAUUGAAAAAACGUCGAAAACGUCUCCAAAUAGCCGAGAAGAAUCAGCGCGAUAAAAUUGUUGCUAAACUGAGGCCAGGGCUGGGUAAUAAGUACACAAAGAAAUCACUGGAGAAGAAAUUGAAGGAUAAAGAACAACACGAGCUGGUUGAUAAGAGUUUGAAGAGCUCAUCGCGUUUCUUUGCCGCCCUACAGGAGGAGGUGAAGGAACAGGUCAAGAGUGCUAAGAAAGGACACGAAUCUGCUAGAGAGAGAACUACAUCUGCACAGCAGUAUAAGCUAUAAUUAUUCAUGUCAUGCAAUUGUCGUGUUACUAUUAUAACAGUGUUGCAAGCUG